AUGGCUUACAUAGUUAGGCGGAGAAGUGUGUUGAUUUUAAGCCUAACGUUGACUAUACUUUUAUCUCAAUGCAAAGUAGGUUUAACAGAAUAUCUUAAAGAAUUUGAAAUAUCAGAAGGCCUCGGUGUGGACACUACUAUUGGCUAUAUUGGUCACAAAAGUCCUAACAGUCCCAAACCGCCACCCCCUCCUCCAUAUUUAAUAGUUCCUGUUCCUGGUAGUGCAGUUGAUUCUGAUCUUGAGAUUGAUGAAUCUACUGGAGAAAUCAGAAGCCGCAUUGUAUUGGAUCGCGAAGAAAAGAGCUACUAUUCUUUUGUGGCAAUCCCUCUAAGUGGCGAAAAUGUUCGAGUGGAGAUAAUCGUGCGAGAUGAGAACGACAAUGCACCAAAAUUUUCAACACCAUUCAUGACGAUCGAAUUUCCAGAAAACACUCCUCGUGAUAUGAAGAGAACUCUGAAUCCUGCUAAAGACCGUGAUUUAGGUAUUUUCAAUACUCAGAGAUAUGAAAUAGUUUCUGGAAAUACGAACAACGUUUUUCGUUUGUCGUCUCAUCGAGAACGAGAUGAUGUAUUGUAUCUAGAUCUGCAAAUUAAUGGCUUCUUAGAUCGAGAAACCACUCCGUUUUACAGCCUUCUAAUUGAAGCUUAUGAUGGAGGAACCCCUCCUCUAAAAGGCUCCAUGACAGUCAAUGUCACGAUACAGGAUGUGAAUGACAAUCAACCAAUUUUCAAUCAAAGUCGAUAUUUUGCUACCAUUGCUGAGAAUGCCACGGUUUUUACUAGUGUUUUGAGGGUGUUUGCAACUGACACGGAUACGGGGGAAAACGGUCGCAUAACGUAUUCAAUCAAUCGUCGCCAAAGCGAUCGGGAAAACAAAUUCACAAUUGAUCCGAAAAUGGGAGUGAUUUCUGUCAAUAAACCAUUGGAUUUUGAAUCAAAGGAUGUUCACGAGCUGGUGGUAGUAGCUCGGGACAGUGGCGUUCAACCUUUAGAAACUACAGCCUUUGUUUCAAUUCGAGUCACCGACGUGAACGACAACCAACCUACAAUAAAUUUAAUAUUUCUGAGUGAAGAUGCUUCUCCUAAAAUCUCAGAAGAUGCUCGACCGGGGGAAUUUGUUGCCAGAAUUAGUGUAAAUGAUCCCGAUUCAAAAGAAGAGUACGCCAACGUAAAUGUAACACUCCAAGGUGGAGAUGGAUACUUUGGAUUAACCACACAAGACAAUAUCAUAUAUUUAGUUAUUGUUUCGCAUCCCUUAGAUAGAGAAGUAAAACCUAAUUAUACAAUGGUUGUCACAGCAACAGAUCAAGGAAAUCCACCUCUAAAUACAUCUCGCACAUUUGAGCUGUGUGUUACUGAUACAAAUGACAACGCACCAGAAUUUGACCACACAAUGUACUACGCGAACGUGUUAGAGGUUGCUGAUCCUGGUACGUCCGUGUUUCAGCUCUCAGCUAUAGAUCGUGAUGAAGGAAACAACUCAGUUGUUUCAUAUUCUAUCAAAGAUACCCCUGAAACCAACUCUCAUUGGUUUCAAAUUGAUAGUCGUACCGGUUUAAUCACUACUCGCACCCACAUUGAUUGUGAGACUAAUCCGAUACCACAGAUAACUGUUGUAGCUACAGAUAGUGGCACACCACCUUUGUCAUCCAGUGCUACGUUAGUUGUGACAAUAAGUGAUGUCAACGACAAUGAGCCAAUUUUUGAUCAGAGCUUUUACAACGUAUCUGUAGCAGAAAAUGAAAGCAUAGGAACAUGUAUAUUAAAGCAGCUAAAUUACAUGAAUUUGCACGACACGUGCCACAACCGCAGGUGGUAUGAUCACCGUGUCGUCAUGUUGAAGACGAGAGGAAAAGCACAUGAGAGAAUGUACGUAGAAUUUAGAGUUGUCAUGGUGUUGAAUGCUUGUGGUAUUGGCAUAACACCCUUAUUGUGA